GGAAGAGUGUUGUUCACCUGCAAUGCCCACCAUGGCUUGGUCUCCACUUCUCCAACUUCUGGUCCUCACUUACUGUUCAGGUUCUCUUGGCCAGUAUGCGCUGAUCCAACCGCCAUCCAUCUCUGUGUCUCCAGGACAAACUGCAGAACUCACUUGCUCAGGGGACAAGUUUGAUAAGUACUAUGUCCAUUGGUACCAGCAGAGAGCUAACAAUGCUCCUCAGCUGGUUAUCUAUAAGGACUCAGCAAGACCUGAAGGGAUUUCGGACCGGUUUUCUGGAAUCAGCUCUGGAACAAGCACUGGUGGCCUGGCCACCUUAACCAUCACAAAUGUCCAACAAGAGGACGAGGCUGAUUAUUACUGCCAGGUCUGGGAUGAGGAUAGCAGCCAGCUAGCACCGUGGCACAAACACAAAGGGAGAUCAAAGUCUCAACCUACCCUGACCCAGCCGCCUUCAACUUCCAUAGCUCCAGGAAAUACAGUGAAACUCCCCUGUGCCAUGAGCAGUGGAUCCAGCAUCAGUGGCUAUAAUGUGUACUGGUACCAGCAGAAGCCUGGGAAUGCUCCACGGUACCUCUUACGAGUAAAGCAGGGAGGAAUCAAAGUGGACACUUCAUCACCUGCAGAAAGACAGGACAUCUGGGUUUUCACCAUGUUCUGGGUCUCUCUCCUUAUGCUCCUUGCUUAUUGCUCAGGUUCCUUGGGCCAAUAUGUGGUCAGACAGCCACCGUCAGUGUCGGUGUCUCCAAUGAAAAAUGCCCAGAUAACUUGCUCAGGGAACAACAUUGGGGGCAAGAAUGUGCACUGGUACCAGCAGAAACCUGGCCAGGCCCCGGUCCUCAUUAUUUAUAUGGACAGCAGCAGGCCUUCCGGGAUCUCGGACCGAUUCUCUGGCACCAACUCGGGCAACACGGCCACCUUGAGCAUCGCCAGGGCCCAAGCAGAGGAUGAGGCUGACUAUUACUGCCAGGUGUGGGAUAGUAAUGUUGCUCACAGUGAUUCAGGCAGAAGGGGAAGUGAGACAAAAAGCUCCCUGCAACUGGUCCAGAAAGCGGAACCGAACUUCCGUAAAGGGCAUUUUUGUAUGGCCAUCACUCACUGUGCGUAUGUCUUCAGCGGUGGGACCCAGCUGUCAGUCCUAGGUCAACCAACGGCACCUCCUUCCGUGUUUCUCUUCCCGCCAUCCCAGGAAGAGAUCAAGACCAAGAGCAAAGCCACCUUGGUCUGCCUGAUGGAUGAGUUCUACCCAGGCGUUGUCCAGGUCGAAUGGAAGGCCGAUGGCACCACCAUCUCUUCUGGUGUGGAGACCGCCAAACCUCUCAAACAGGGGAACAAGUACAUGGCCAGCAGUUACCUGACCCUGAGUGAGUCCGACUGGAAAAGCCACAACAAGUACGCCUGCAAGGUGACCCACGAAGGCGAGACCAUUGAGAAGGAGGUCAACAGAUCAGAUUGUUCUUAAAUGGUGUCUCUGUGGUGGCCCUCUUGCCUCCUCAGAAGAAUGAGUGUGUCCUCCAAGGGGCCAAGUGUCUUCUCUGAUUUCCCCAAUUGCUAUUUUGGUUGAUAAAUGCUCAUUUUAAUUCUGUUUAGUAUCACUUCAUCUAUUUCCCCCCCCCCCCCCCGACCCUCUGCCUCACGGAAACUUGACCUUCUUCUGUUAGCACUUCAAUAAAAUGUAAUA